AUGCCGAGGUAUCCUCGUCAACUAGCACUCUCAACACCCUCGUUUCGCAGUACACUCCUAACCGCAAACUCCAUCACGCGCCACGGCCUACACGCAACUCGUCUAUUCUCUACUACGCGCUUUCAGCAACAAGCUACCAUCGAGGGGCUGACGGAUGUUCUACCCGUCUGCUGCCCAGGGUGUGGCGCUUUUUCGCAAACAGUUGAGCCAGAUGAACCGGGUUACUAUGGCGCGAGCCGGAAGCAAACUCGGAAACUCCUCGUCUCCAGGCAGAAAGCAAUCGAAGAACGAAAUACAGAGCUAGGAUCCGAAGGAAUACCGACCUUGCAAGAUGAGCUCUCGGUGGAUGACUCUCAUGGGAAGGGGGAGAUGGUGGCCCCUCGGCCUAUCCAAGGUGCUCUAUUGGAUGAGGCAGAGAAUCCGGACACGCCCUCUAUUGAAUCGCCGACCCGAACUACCCAUGUCUGCGAUCGAUGCCAUGAUCUCAUCCAUCAUAAUAAAGCGAUUGCCGCGCCCAAACCAGAUACUCUUGCGAUACGAGAUUACUUGAAGGAAUCUCCCUACAAGGACAACCGUGUCUACCAUGUCAUCGAUGCUGCCGAUUUUCCCAUGUCCCUCGUUCCACGAAUUCAUGAUGCACUGUCAGUCAAGGGCCAGCGGUCAUUAAACCGACGUGCUUCACAUGAAAAGUACUAUGGCGGCCAGAAACUGCCUAGUCUCAGUUUUAUAAUCACACGCUCGGACUUGCUAGCAGCAACUAAAGAGCAGGUGGACUCGAAGAUGGAGUAUGUCCGCAAUCAGCUUCGUGCUGCUCUUGGAAGAGCAGGGAGGGAUGUUCGAUUAGGCAAUGUCCAUAUGGUUAGUGCGCAUCGCGGAUGGUGGACAAAGCAGGUUAAGGAAGAAAUUCGACAACAUGGCGGUGGUAUAUGGGUUGUUGGAAAGGCAAAUGUGGGAAAGAGCAGCUUUAUCGAAGCUUGUUUUCCUAAGGACCAGCGAACCAUCGAAAACAUGGCCCAAUGGAUUGAAGAGCAACGAGAGAAAGCUGAAGUCCCGAACCAACGACAGGCAUAUCUACACGAUCCAAACAGCAUUUUACCCCCUGCACCUCACGAAGACCAAUUCCCUGUCCUUCCGGUCGUGUCUUCCAUGCCAGGAACAACGGUCUCGCCUAUUCGCAUUCCUUUCGGUCGUGGCAAAGGCGAGGUUAUUGACCUGCCAGGCAUGGAGCGUGGCCAGCUCGAGGACUUCGUUCGAGACGAACAUAAACGGGAUCUGAUCAUGACCAAGCGAAUAAAACCUCAACGAUGUACCAUCAAACCCGGUCAAUCACUUCUUCUUGGCGGUGGACUCGUACGGCUCACUCCCGUGAACCCGGAGCACACGCUUCUUGCUGCUUGUUUCAUUCCCAUUGAAACUCAUCUUACGAAAACCGAGAAAGCCAUUGAAAUCCAAACCGAGCAACGAGCAUACCCUGGCACAGUUCUGAUGAGUGAAGGGACUGGUAGCACCAUGAAAUCCGCCGGGAAAUUCGAUUUGAAAUGGGAUACUACACGCUCAAAUCUACCCACAUCUAUUGCCAAGGCAGUAAAGGAUCGCAAAAUCCCUAUUCCCCAGCUGCCAUACCAGGUUAUGUCUGCCGAUAUUCUUGUGGAGGGCUGCGGAUGGAUUGAAGUCAGUGUGCAAAUUCGCGCCAAACACAACCCCGAAGAGCCGCCCAUUUAUCCUCGAGUUGAGGUAUUCACCCCGAACGGCAAACACAUCGGGUCUCGUGAACCAAUGGAAUGUUGGAAUUUUAUCGCUGAGAAGCUCAAAGCAGACAAACGGAAGAGACCGCGUAUGAGGUACCGUUAUAGUUGA